AUGAGUUAUCAAGCAACAAUUGACUCUGCAUCUUGUAAUAAUACAACCAAUAAUGUAAAAUAUCAACCUGAUCAUAGUAAUGGAACAACUUUAUCACCUUCAACUUUAUUUAUUGAUGAAGCAGAAUUGAAUCAAAAAUCAAUCAAUAAUGAAAACAACAACAAUAUAAAAUCAAGUGGAGGUGGCCAGGAGGUUGAAGAACCAAAGGAAAUAUAUUUGGAAUGUGAAUGGGUAUUUUAUUAUGAUGAAGGUGUACCAAAAGGUGCUUCAUGUGAUGAUUAUCAAUCUCAUAUAAAGAAUUUAGGUUCAUUUAAUUCUGUUCAAGGAUUUUGGAGAUAUUGGAAUAAUAUAGUAGAUGUUUCAUUAUUUCCAAUUGGUGCCAAUCUAAGAUUAUUUAAAGCUGGUAUUGCACCGACAUGGGAGGAUCCAGCCAAUGAAAAUGGUGGAAAAUAUUCUUUAAUGUGUACAAAAGAACAAUCAAGUAAUAUUGUAAUGAGAUCCAUUCUAACUUUAAUUGGUGAACAAUUGGAAUUUGGUCUUGAUGUUUGUGGAUUUGUUUUGGCAGUUAGACCAAAUAGACAUAUUGUUAGUAUUUGGAACAAAUCAAGUGAAAAUCAAGAAAUGAUUGAAAAGACAUCGACAGAGUUGUCUAGUUUUAUUCAAGGUAGAAUAUUUAAAUAUACAUCACAUAAACAAGCUGCAACCAUGUCACCGUCGAUGGCACCUCCCUCUCCUUUACCCAACGGUACCGUCAAAACCAACACAAUUCAACAAUCACCUAAAUUAUUAAGAGAAUAUAGUGCUCAAUCAUUAAAUUCAAACGCAAAUGGUAACAUCAACAACAACAACCCAAACAAACAGAAAAAAGAGGCAUUCUCUCAUAAAAAGAGUAUUUCAACAUCUUCAUUGGUAUCUCCAUCACCUUCUUCUUCUUGUUCAUCAUCUCCUUAUCAACAAUUCAAGGUACCAAUGGAAAAGAAGAAAUCAAACGCAUUCCCAAUCCCAAUCACAAUCCCAACCCCAACCACCACCACCACUCCAUCUAUAUGUUUAACAUCUGUUGAUUUACUACCAAUUCCAUUGUCAAUACCAUUGGAAUCAGUUUUACCAACAACAACAACAACUCAAACAACGACGUUGGUUUCAAAUUCAUUACCACCAAUACCUCUUUUACCAUCAUCAACUCCAUCCUCCUCUUCUUCAUCAAGACAUUAUAAAUCACAUUCAAAUGUUGAAGAGUCACUUCCAACAUCAAUACCAAGUGUUGGUAUUGAAUACAAGGCAAAUAUGUUGACUUCUGUUUCAUCACCUUCACUUGCAACUAUUGGUCAAUCUCCACAAAUUGAGAAACCAAUUAAAAAAGAAGAAAAAGAAAAGGAAAAGGAAAAAGAAAAGGAAAAAGAAAAAGAAAAGAUAAUAGAAAAGAAAAUUGAAAAUAUAAAGGAGGAUUCUUUGGAUGAAUCACUUCAACAACAACAACAACAACAAACAUUAACAAUAAUCACACCUAAAACAUCUUGUAUUGAAAAUAAUAAUAAUCAAAAAGAAGAAGAAGAGGAAGAAGAAAAAAUAGAUAAUAAUAAUACUACUAAUAAUAAUAUACCAAUUUCACCAAAACAAUUACAACAAUCAAAACAAAGAAUUAAUAAUAAUAAUAUUCUAACUACUCCUAUUAAACAUAAAAAAGGAGGUAAUCAUCACCAUCAUCAUAAUCAACGUCAAACAAACAAGAAAUCAAAACAAACCAAUCGAUUUAAUUUUGUAUCAUAUUGUAAAGAGAACUAUGUAAUGUUAACACUCUUGUUUAGUGCUAUGAUACCAGUGAUAGUACUAUUACUCCAUUCUUUUUAA